AACAGUCGUGUGUUGUUUCGAAAGAGAGAGAGAGAGAGUAGGAGAAGUGUGACUGUGGCUUUUAAUCUAUUAAAGUUGUUUUUCAAUAUGAAAUGUGCAUUAAAAUAUAUAAAGCUAUAUUUAAAUGCUUAAUGUAUAUUUAAAUACAAUUAAAUACAAUACAAUACAAGUGUUGUUCGCUGCGCAUUGAUUCGUUUAUUCGUUGGCUAUCAGGAACAGCUCUGGUUGCUCAGUAUUUAAGAAUACUUAUCAUGAGAGAGUGUCUGUGCUGUAAUGGUCUUGACACUUUGCUGCAGGGUCGAUGUCUAUCUAAAACCUAUUGAUCAUGAUAUUUGUGUUUUUAAGGGCGCUCUCUUUUCCCUGGUCGGAAUGGAGGGUCAUGGUAUCCUGAAAGCCUUCCCUAAAGUAAAGAGACCACGGCCUAAUGAUGGAAAUGUGGAGCCUCCUCUCAAGAAGACGAUUGCUGAAUCAACAACAGUGUAUUAAAAGAGACAUUAUUCAAUGGCAUAUGGAUCAGUGGAUCUCGUCUUUGGACACCCAGAAUGACUUAAACCAAACUUUUACUCUCAACACACAGUGAAAAGAUUUCGGUGCUAAUGACUUCUCCACUAUACUACUCAAUCACUGGCACGGUUUUCCAGGGAGUCACAGUAUACAUAGUUCCAGCUGGUAUAGGGAAAGCCAGGUGUGACAUAUUCCAUCGACAGAUCACCCAAAAUGGAGGGCAGUUAUUGACCGCGUUCUCUCCCAGCUGCACCCAUGUCGUGGUGGAUGAUUCUGUUGAUUGUCAGAGAGCUUUGAGACUCUUGAAAGUAGAAAGACUGCCCUCUGCUGUUCAGCUGGUCAAAUGCACUUGGUUGAGUGCUUGCAUCAGUGAGAAGAGAUUGUUAGACUCUGAAGACUACAGCCUUCUUCCUGCAGAGAGUCCCACAAUUGCUGCUGCUGAGGACCCAAUGCAGACAAUAGUUGCCCCAGUCUCAGAGGAAGCAGCAAAGGAUGCUUUGGUUCCAACUCAAGAAGAUCUCACAGAGACGGUGCCAGAAAUUCAGGAAGAGCACCAUGAUGAAGACGGAGUAUCUCAGAACGAUCUGGAUGCCUUAAUCAGUGGCGUUCACCCAUCUGAGAGCAACCAAGACCAGACCCAAAGUUUGGCAGACAAACCAUUUAUGCCUGCGAAGUGGGUCUGUUCCCAGCCAUCCACAGCUAAAGUGGAGAAUCAUAACAAGCACAUUACUGACAAACUGGAGCCGCUGGCUAAGGCCUAUACACACACCGGUGAUAAAUGGAGAGCUCUGGGCUACUCUAAAGCAAUCAACGCCCUUAAGAGCUACCAUAAGCCCAUUGCUUCAUAUGAUGAAGCAUGUAAAAUUCCAGGUAUUGGUAAACGCAUGGCAGACAAGAUCAUGGAAAUCAUGGAAAGUGGACACUUGCGUAAACUGGACCACAUUGGGGAGGAAGUGCCUGUUCUCGAAAUGUUCACCAACAUUUGGGGCGCCGGGACAAAGACUGCACAGAUGUGGUAUCAGCAGGGAUUUCGCACAUUGGAGGACAUUCGGACUAAGGCCGUUUUGAAUAACACUCUAAGGAUCGGACUAAAGCACUAUGAUGAUCUGCUUGAGCGAAUGCCGAGAAGUGAAGCAAAUGCGAUUGAGAAAACGGUAAGGGAGGCAGCACACAGUGUGGAUGCACAGCUGGUGGUUGUUUUGUGUGGCUCUUACCGCAGGGGGAAGAGCACAUGUGGAGAUGUGGACGUUCUUAUCACUCACCCCGAUGGAAAAUCACACAAAGGUGUUUUCAGCAAAGUGCUGCACCUCCUCCAUCAGAGUGGUUUCUUAACAGACGAUCUUGUUAGCAGUGAGGAGAAUGGUGAGCAGAAGAAGUACAUGGGUAUCUGUCGACUUCCAGGCCCUUCACAGCGCCACAGACGCUUAGACAUUAUUAUAGUGCCCUAUGCUGAAUUUGCUUGUGCUCUUCUGUACUUUACUGGCUCUGCCCACUUUAACCGAUCAAUGAGGGCAUUGGCUAAAACCAAACACAUGAGCUUAUCAGAGCAUUCGCUGAACUGUGAUGUCGUCCGGCAGCAUGGUGUGAAGCUGGUGGCGGGUACUCCUUUACACACACCUGCGGAGAAGGAUAUCUUCAAACACCUUGGCAUACCUUACAGAGAACCACAUGAUAGAGACUGGUGACUGCAAAUUUUACAUGGGAAUUAACAAUAUGAAAUCAUGCUGUUGUAAGUGCAUUUUUAACCCUUUUAGCUUGGAUGGGUUAGAGGUCUGCACGGGCCUUAAAAUGAAACCCAGCCUGUACCCGAGACCGUGUGACCCAACCCUACCCGGCCCGAACGAUACCGCCAAAUUUUAAGCCCAAAUCCGACCCGAAAUCGCUUACUAUCAUUUCUUCUAGCAAGUACUGUUGCAAUAGACUGUAUUUUAUGUAAGCAUACAGGCAACAUUCGUAACAGUAUUGAAACAGUAAACAUACACAGUUUUAACAAGGCAUAGCAGCCCCUUAGUACACUAGAGCAGAAAGGGAAAAAAAGCAUUGCAUCACCGUUUAUUUGCUGAAACUUCACUUGGUGCUGUGCAGGACAAUCUGGAAUAAUAUGAAACAAUGCAACAGUCACCUCUUUGUGCAGAACAAUCUGGAAUAAUAUGAAACACUGCAACAGUCCCCUCUAUGCAGCCUGAACUUGUUUAGAUUGUUGGAAUCUUUGUGACAACUGCGCUAAAACAAUCUAGACACACUGCAAAGAAUGAAACAGAACGCAGGUGUCUAGACAUGAGUUUUUGAAAAUGUGAAGUUCUUUUUAACUUGAUGUAGUGUUCGAGACGCUGAGGAAAAACGAGAUGCAGUACAAAUGUCAAAGACAUCCAUCCAGUAUGUGUUUACAUAGGAAAAAAAUGGGAGAACAGAUGCGCGCAAAAACACGUUUGGGGUGAACGUCCACUAACUCGUAUGUUUGCGCGUGUCUGUGAGUGAGAGCGUGUGCGUGAAACAAGUUCGGUAAGCUUGUUUAUUUUUUCAUUCAUUACAAACCCGAACCCAAAGUCCUACUUGAAAAACUGACCCGAACCCAGCCCGAAACCCGUCGUGUCCUGUCGGUCAGAUUGCAGACCUCUUGGAUGGGCCUGCCGAGAAGAAAUAAAAAGUCAAAAUAUUAAUAACUACAGUCUUAACCAACACAAAAUAGGUAUCGUUUGAAAGCUUAGAAGCUCUACUUUACAAUGCAUGUAGGCAUUAUGACCAAAACUAUUUUACUCACAGACAAAAAUAUAGUGAGUAAUAGCAAGUAUAUGUCUUUGACAUUUAUGUUUCAUGUGAACAGGUUUUGCUCAUACGCCGUGUUUUCACUUAUAACUACAUGAAAAAUAUACCAUUAAUUAGAGGAGGUGAUUACCUUUCAAACAAGCCCUCACACAAGGUAAUUACAUGCAUAGACCAUUAGAUAAUUGACACGAUGCACAAUGUACACAGUGCACACAGCAUCUUGCAGUCAUAGCUUUCCUAAAUCAGAUGAUUUUAUCGGAAAUGAUGUAUCGUCAUGGAACACUUCAGAUCAGUGCAAAAAGUCCUCCAUAUUUGGGCAGAGAGACUUGUGAUUGGUGAAUGUUACAUAUAGCCACCAGUAGAUGGCGCAAAGUACAUGACAGACUUGAUGGCUCAUUCUUUGAAAUUUCACUACUGAAAUCAUGUCUGCAUGCUAUGCAAACCUUUAGUCAUUGUUGUGUUUGCAUGUGUAAUUAGUUCUUAUGUACAAUUAUUAUGUUUUAUUUGUUUGGAGAGGCUUUUGGACACUAGAAUAAAUUUUUUUUUAAAUUAUUAUUAUAACUUUUGAUUGCUUUGUUGAAUCAACACAAAAUUUUACUCAGUUACAGUUGACAUGAUUGGGAACCAAACAAAAGUUUUUCGUUUUUUGGAGCCACAUUAUUUACACCUGAAUAAUGUAAAAUCAGGGGAAAAAAAAGUAAAUUUUUGGCUUAAGUUUUUUGUGAUUUUUCAGCAGUUUCUUAGGCUGAGAAUCCCAGAAUUGUUCAUAAUCUACAUCAUUAAAAAAAAAAUAAUAAUUUACGUUUUCUUUUCAAUGACACUAAACACUUGACCCUCUUUUUUUUUUUUUUUAAGUUAAAAUACUUUUAUUUUGGGUAUGCCACUAAAACAGGAAAUCUUAAAAAAAAAAAAAAAAACACCCUCAGAGCUUAAAGGGUUAAAUGUGGGAGUAAUGGGCAGGCCCAUAUGGAAUCUGCAGGCACAGAUUUCUGCAGAAAAGAACAUUUCUGCAAUGAUGCACAAAUUUCCACAUAUCCCCAGCAUCUUGCAUGUUUGUUUAUUAAAUAUUUUAGCUAACUUGAUAAUGAUUUUUAGUAGCCAUUAAGACUGAAGUACUCUCACUCAUAUUGUGCUUAACAUGUUUUAAUAUGUUUAAAUCAAUUCAGCAGAAUUUCCAAUAAAUCAGUGCAGAAAAUGCCUAAAGUCAGCAGAUUCCUUAUAGGCCUAGUAAAGGUUUAUGCAUUGUUGUCAUGGAUUGUAUUUAACUGAGUCUGUCAUGAUAUCAGUAGCAUCAAUAUUCUUUUUCAAAGGACUUUUGAUUGGGUGCAUUUUAAUAUGAAAUAAUAAUAAUAAUAAUCAUUACCUCUUGAAGUAUGCCACUUAAAAUAUGCAAACUAAUUAAAGUAUGCCAAAAAGUAUUGUUUUCUAAUCGUUUUAUUAUGCCUUGGUUUGAAAAACAAAAUAACUAUAUUUAUACCAUGUAGCUCAUAUCAAGUCAAUCAAAUACCUUUGCUUCCAUUCAAAUCUUAUAACCUUUUAUAAAACGUGAUGAUGGUAUUGGAUGAGAGCAUACUAAUAAUUUAAAAGAGAUCAACCUAACCCCGAAAUCUAAGUCAGCUGUGAACUGUGCGCUCUAUGGGCGGAGAGAAGCACAAUUUGUCCCAUCACGGUGCAGGGUAUGAUUGCUCCACACCCAGCUGUGCCUGAACUCUCGUUCGCGGGGACGGGCUUGUGUAACAGUCGGAGGCAGCCAGUAGCACGGAGCUCAUGCUGCAGCUCCACUGCUGUGCCUUCCCUCGUGCUUCAAUAACACAUCAAGAGGAAGGCGGUGCACGAUCGAGCCUUUUACGAUCUCGAUAUGGUUAAUGACCAAUAAAUAUACUUAUAUCUGAACUUUUGUCAACACUGUGACAAUCUAAUGUUUAAACGUGUUUAAAAUGGGCUUAUUUUUAUAUAUCGUUGGAUCUGCCAACCCAACCGAGGCUAGUGUGUACGAGCCUGUGACCCGGAAACCGAUCAAAGUCCACCAUCAUGAAGGAUGUAUCAAUUCUCUAAAUGCACCCCCGAGGAUGGAAGAAGCUUCCCAAGGACGCUUGAGCAAAGAAGCACCGGAG